UUCUCCUCUCAGAAGCCAUUUUGGACUCAGUUCAGUUUCUUGCAUGUCAAUUUAGCCCAGUCUCUCUGGCUAUUCAGUGUUUUUAAGCAAAAAAGGGGGUAGCGCGAAAGGUAGACGGGGAAAAACACUACAAUACAGCAGGCAGAGUUGUUUUGUAUUAUUGACAUUAAUAUCUGGAAAUUAUUUUCUCCCGAUGGAUUUGCCUAUAUUUUAAAGUUUUUUAUUAUCCGUACCCGAACAUUUUUCCCACUGGGCUCCACACACAAAAGCAACGCAAACUCUCUUGGUGCUUUGGACAUCUGGGGCCCUGGGUCAUUUGGCUCGUUGUGUUGUGCUGAUAAGCUCUUUAAAUGUUCGGAAAGGAAAAGCGCUUUAAACGGAGAAAAUCUGGUGCGCUUUUCUCAAAUUAAAGGAAUAUGUUUGCGUCCUGGCUGACUUUUGCGCUUCUUUGGGGAACUUUUUGUGCAGGGCCGGGCCGUGGGGAGGCUGAGAUCCGAGAGUGCAUCUUCUACAAUGCCAACUGGGAGUUUGAUAAGACGAAUCAGAGCGGCGUGGAGCGCUGCGAGGGGGAGAAGGACAAGCGGCUCCACUGCUAUGCUUCCUGGCGCAAUAACUCGGGCACCAUCGAGCUGGUGAAGAAGGGCUGCUGGCUGGACGACUUCAACUGCUAUGACAGACAAGAGUGUGUAGCCACAGAGGAAAACCCCCAAGUCUUUUUCUGCUGCUGCGAGGGAAACUACUGCAAUGAAAAAUUUACCCAUUUACCUGGUGUGACUACACCAAGUGUCAACAUUGAGCCCCCUCCUCCGACACCUUCAUUAAUCAACAUCCUGGUGUACUCGCUGCUUCCCAUUACUGUCCUGUCCAUGGCCAUGCUGCUUGCCUUCUGGAUGUACCGUCACCGCAAACCUCCAUAUGGCCACGUCGACAUCAAUGAGGAUCCUGGUCCCCCUCCGCCUUCACCUCUUGUAGGCCUCAAACCACUACAGUUACUGGAAAUUAAAGCUAGGGGGCGCUUUGGCUGUGUCUGGAAGGCACAGUUAAUGAAUGAAUAUGUAGCGGUGAAGAUAUUCCCAAUUCAAGAUAAGCAGUCCUGGCAGAAUGAGCGUGACAUCUUCAUAACUCCUGGAAUGAAGCAUGAGAAUCUGCUGCGCUACAUUGCAGCAGAGAAACGAGGUACCAACCUGGAGAUGGAGCUGUGGCUGAUCACAGAGUUUCACGAAAAGGGCUCCCUGACUGAUUACCUGAAAGGAAACAUCGUGAGCUGGAAUGAGCUGUGUCACAUUGCGGAGACGAUGGCCCGUGGCCUGGCCUAUCUGCACGAGGAUGUGCCUCGGUACAAGGGCGAAGGGCCCAAGCCUGCCAUUGCCCACAGGGACUUUAAAAGUAAGAAUGUAUUGCUUAAGCACGACCUGACAGCUAUUAUAGGAGACUUUGGACUUGCGGUUCGAUUUGAGCCUGGGAAGCCACCAGGAGAUACACAUGGCCAGGUGGGGACGAGGAGAUACAUGGCACCUGAGGUGUUGGAGGGGGCCAUUAACUUCCAGCGAGAUGCCUUUCUGAGGAUAGAUAUGUAUGCCAUGGGCCUGGUGCUGUGGGAACUGGUAACGCGAUGCAAAGCUGCUGAUGGCCCUGUAGAUGAGUACAUGUUGCCGUUUGAAGAGGAGAUUGGGCAACACCCGUCCCUGGAAGAUUUGCAGGAAGUGGUUGUCCACAAAAAGAUGAGGCCCACUUUCAAGGACUGCUGGCUCAAACAUUCUGGUUUGGCACAGCUGUGCGAGACAAUAGAGGAAUGCUGGGACCACGAUGCAGAGGCCCGUCUGUCGGCAGGGUGCGUUGAGGAGCGCAUCUCGCAAAUUCGCAGACUGACAAACGGCACUACCUCGGACUGCCUGGUCUCCAUGGUGACCUCUGUCACCAAUGUGGACUUGCCACCCAAAGAGUCCAGUAUCUGAGUCCAUCAAACCCUUGUCUUUCCAGACUCAGUGGAUUUCAGAAAACAGUGGAAAAAAAACAUGAAUGCAGCUGCUAUUUUAUCCUGACUUUUUUAUUAAUUAUUAUUUUUGAUUGGAUCAAUAUUACCAGCACACUUCUCUACUGUAUUUUUUUGAGAGGAAAAAAGCUAAAACGGACAUCUCAAGCGCAUUCAGGUGCCGACUUAUGAAUGCUGAAAAAGGUGCAGGUACCUCAACUGUUUCAUUUCAUUUUUUUACUCAAGUUUUUCUUUUUUCCUGUCCUUUAGACAGGACUGUCUGUGACAAAUAAACCAUCUAACCAUUUUGGACAAUAUAACAAUGCUGCAAAACCCUGGAGGAAACUUAAGACUGUUACAUACAAUUUACCUUCCUCGAGGGAUUAUUUUUUCUUUUACACUUAUUUUUCUUUUUGCUGAAAGUGAGUGCUUAACAAAAUAACGGUAAACGUGUCUUUUACGGAACUAACGGGUGUCACUAGAACACGUAAAAAAAGUGGAAGGCAACAGGACUAAUUGUUUUUCUUUGUUUCUUAAGAGACUGGUGUCUAUGAGGGGUUCGUUAAGCAUAUUUAAGAGGGGGUAAAAGGAAAAAAAGGAUAAGAGAAUAUGGCAAAAUUGAGAUUUGAGCUUUGCAGCAUCUGGACAAAACAUUUUGUUAGGUACGGAACUACUUCUCAGGUAACCGGUCUCAUCGGGCAGAGCUUUUGAGGCGGGGUGUCGUCAACAGCAACCAAUUACGUAAGGAGAGAGCCAGAACAUCCACUCAUGGACAGGGAUGAUGAUGAUGGUUGGGUGGGGGGAGGGGUUCACUAGGCAUCAUUUAAAAAAUGGCCAAUGCAGCCAGGGUUAAUAGACUAAAGUGGUAGUUGCCCAAACAAAUCCUUAGUAGAUGGAAGACCAUGGUGAAGGAAUAAGUAUGUGUGUGUGUAUGUACUAUGUAUUGAUGUGCGAGUGUAUGUAUGUGUUUGAUUAGGUCCAUGAUAUACAGUGUAAGAAAGAUAUUGUGGGCUUAAGCAACUAUUUUGUUGAUGUGUCCAAGUUUCUUUAUUUAAACAGUGUAUAUUUGGGACAGCAAGAGUUAAGGACCUGUUUUGAGGAGUUUCAAGACCAGACUCAGUCCUCGGAUCAGCCUGUAUUUUCAUUUACAGAGGUAUUAGGAGAGAGGAUUCAGUUCAUCUGACUUGUUAGGUCCCUUAAUUUUAACUCCUACUCACAGGGACCAAAAUGAUUUCUGAACAUAUAGGCCGUACUUUGAAGUUAGGUCCACAAGGGGAAAUGGGUUGGAUGACAAACUACAGAUUCAACGGCACAUUCAGGUUACAGAGGCUGUGAGUGGUAACUUUCUCCUUACACAAACCACAGUGAUAACUUAUGUCUUAAAGUGGUGCAUAUUCUUUAUAUAGAAAACAUUUCAGUAUGCCAUAACUUACACAGUCGGUGAAUGUCCCUAAUGCUGCUGUUUCAACUCAAAGAUGAAUUUAUAUAUAUAUUAUUUUAUUAUUUUUUGCAAAAUGUGCAACAUUCUGAAGAUAACAGCAUACACAUGCAAACACACGUAAACAGAAACCACGUGGCUUCCGAGGUAAAAACAAAAUUAAAAAAAAACAAAACUAUAAAGUUCAUGACCACAGACCACCUCAAACCAGAAAUACCUCAGAUUUUUCUACGUGUAUCAGUUUUAUUAUAUAUUUUGUUAGUUGUGUUGUCUUGUAGUAAGUAUAUUUUAAUGUAAGUUGGCUUUUAUGACAAGGGAGUUUUGAAAAAAAAAGUUCCAAAAUCUUUUAGGAAGUGCUACCAUUUUAUGUUGUAUAAACAAAAAAGAAAACCUGUAAAUAACUGUAUACAGUUGUAGAAUACUGCCUAUACAAGGUACCUGGGCAUUAUUCAUUCUGUGCUGGCUGUUUCUACAUUUUUGUCUGACAUGUAAAGGGACAACAAACCUUUUUUUACCCAUUUACAUACCUUUUUAGAUUUCCAGGUGAAUUUCAAUAAUCUGGAAAGUGUUUCUGGUACAUACUAUCUAUUAAGCACAUUUUCUGGAUUGAUUUUGUGCAGAACAGAAAUGGAAGAAGAAAUGUAAUCAUUCAAUGCACUUAAAGGAAUUAAGUUUUGCAUGGGAUUUGACGCAGGUAUGGGGUUAUAUCUGUUCAAUUUGCAAUUGUUUACUUGGUGGACAAAUUUCUUCACAUAUUUCAGUCUGGAGCCAUAUAAUUGUAUAAUUAUACCGUUAAACAAAAAAGCUUAUAAAAAGUAUACAAGGCUGAAUUAAUAGAGAUCAAAAAGGUUUAGUGUCCCUGUUUUUGUGCUGUUUCAGCUGUUUUCUACACAUACUGACUAAGGCUAUACAGCAGUUGCUUUUUCAAAAAAAAAUCUCCCUCCUAUGAGCUUUGUUUUUUCAUGGUGCCAUAUUUAUCUAGAGGUUUUACUUUUCUGCUCAGAUAUCUAAUUGGAACCAUAUGAAUUGAAAAUUAUUUCUGAUACCUUUCAUGAAAAGGGUACACACAUUGUGACUUUGGGCUUUUUCAUUUUUGUUGUCAAAAAUCAUCUCAUUAACAAGUAACUGUUAAGUAUUUCAUAAGUCAGGGUUGUUGUGGGUAAGCAAUAUCUGUACAGCUCUUUUCAGUUGAGGUUUGAAGUUUAUAGUAUUUCUUAAUAGGUAGAUAAUUUUCAAACCAAUGUUUUGAAAAGGUAGAAGAACGCCCCUUUCGAAGUGGAUUGCCAGAAAAUUUACUGAAGCAGCUCACUCUUGUAAUGCUGUCUGCCUCUUUUACUGUGGCAAACGUAUUGUCAGGUCUAUGAAUCAUGGGAAGGGUGCUAUCUACAGCAUUUCUUCAGUUUACUUUAAAAACAGUGAGUUGGGUUCGUGAAGCAACAUUUCAUAUAAAGACAACCAAGUCAGAAACCUAUAACUGAGUUUAAUCAUACAUCUGUGAAAUUAGAACUUUUUAACUGCUGUCAUUGAAUGACAUUUUCUCUUUCUUUCAGACAUCAUUAAUAACUUCAUUUAUCCAUUAAUUCUAAAUUUAAGUUCAUGCUUAAUCUCGGAAGGCUAAAAUGAAGUUUUUAAAAAUCAUUUACUUUUUACAGGGAUAUAAUCAAGAGGGUUCUGCUUUGUGAUUUGAAUUUCCGAUGCGAAAUGCAAAAGGACUUGGCAAGCUAUGUAGCAAGCAAUAUCAACAGCAAUAGCCUUAAGGCAUAUAUUUUUUUCUGUUUUCAGGUUUAAAAAAUGAACUCUUGGGGACUGUAAAUGGCCCUAAAGCAAUCAACCAAAUUGUUAAUAAAGACCACAAUACGCUGUGCUGUUUUAGACUUAAGGUUUGGAAGUCCUACAAAAAGUCCAUAGGUCUUUGAAAUACACUAGAUCCAGUUAAUGGAAAAUUAUUUGUUGUAAAUGAUUGUCAGAACAGUGGGGUUUUGCUGACGUUUUUUUUAAAACAUUUUUAAUUUUACUUAAGUAUUAAGGUGAAGUUUAUCAAGUAUAAAAUGUGUAACUGUCAUAUUGUGAAAUACCUUGAAAAAUUUAACCUAGUUAAGUAUUUCAGUAAUGCUUCUAAUUUUAAGCAAGCAUUUGACUACUUAGAAAAUAACCAAAGUUUUAUUUUUUUAGUAGAGUAGGAUAUUCUUCAUUGUGUCUGUUUUUAAUGUAAGGGAUGGCUAGAUCAACAUUCUGGCUUUUCUAAUUAUUUUUUCAGGCACAUGAGAAUUUUGACUUUAGACAAUCUCUGAAAAAAACCAAAUUGAAGUUUUAUUGGGCAGUUAAGAAUGUAAGCUUCUGACUGCUCUGAUCAUGUCUAGAAAUAUUUGGUACAGGAAAUAGUAAGAUGAUCAGGUUUAGCCUUGUGUUGCUAUGUGUAAAUCCAGCAUCAUGCUGUUUUUUUGGACCUUAUGAAAAGAGCAGUCUCAAAAUAUUUAAAAGCCUGUGAUAAAAUGAUGUACCACACACUACAUUGCUUUUUUUUACGGGAAGGACAAAUAUUUGUUCACUCUCCCAUAAAGGCAAGUUUUCUCCAUUUUUUUUUAAAUGGAGGAUUGUAAUUAUAAAAUUUUAAUUUUGUAGAUGUUUGUUUUUAUUCCGUAAACUAUAAAAUAGCCAAUAGAGUAUUUUACAUAUAUCAAGUCAGAAUAAACUCAGUGUUGAUUGUUGGAAUUAGAAUAGGCUUUGAAUUUGAAAUGUGUUGGGGGGGGGGGGGGAUUUUUGGGGUGCUGUUUAGUAUUGAAUUUCACCAUGGAACUUCAAACAGUUCUUUGGCUUUUACAUUGUAGCAUAACCUUCUAGAAUGAUUUUUAUAAAGGUCAUAAGUGAAGUAAGUUUAGACGUGGGAUGGAAUCAUGUUUAACUUCAAAGCCUUGUGAUCAGUAUUAUGUUGAAUAAAAUUCCUGUUUGUGCAAAUCUGCAAAAAUAUGCAAUAGUUGUACAGAGCUCUGUAGAACAUUACAUUUUACAUGAGGUUUAUUUUUUCCAGCUUGUGGAAUUCUUUAAAUUAUUUACUUUUUGAAAAAAAAUGUGUAAAAAUAUAAGGUGCCAUGUUGAGGAGAAGUUUUCAAAUGGUUCUUGAGUGGGCAGAGAAAUUUCUGGAGUGUUUUUAACUCCCUUUUUCUGAGUUACUCAAUAAAAUAAGACCAGGGUAGAUGUUAGAAAAUCUCGUAUAUUUUUCAAAAAUAUCACUUCAGAUUUUUUCCAAAUCGAUUGUAUUAGCUUUAAUGUAGUUAUCCAACAGAUUCUAAAGGCUGACCUUGGUGUAUUCCUGAUUAAAUGAUGACAGAAAAGUCAGUCUGUCCUGGAGAUCAGAAUGCAUAUGGGUGUAAGUGGCAUUAAUAUUUGAAAUGCAGAGAACAGACUUGGCCAUCUUGCAGAAAUGAAGGUGUUUUGAUGUUGUGCCUUUUUUUCCCCCUCAAACAAGUAAAAGCAACUGCUGUGAGCCUUUUUUUUGUUGUAGUACCUGACAAAAAGUUCAUAAAAUAUGGCCAGCUGUAAAUUCUGGAUGCAGUCAGAGAUCCAGGUAUUUCAGGAACCAAUUACCUCAAACCUCAUGUGAAACAGUGUUGCUAGCUGGAUACUCCUUGAUAUCACAUAAUGUAUACUAUAAAACACAAACAGGAAACCUCUUUGUACCAGUGUAACGUGUAACGGCCCCCUUGCCAAUUGUGAAACCUUCCUCUUUUUAGAUUCACACCUUUGAAAUUGAGCUGAGAAAUGGUAUUGUGCUGUAAAUAUUCAAGAGUGCUUCCUUUCUACUUUAAUUUUUUUCAUAUGUGAUGUAGAUGACCUUCUUAAAUACUAGUGUCCCCAACUUUGGUACUUGAGCCAUAACAAUGAGGAUUUCUUAAGUAGUUUUCUGUGUUGUACAUUUAUGUAAAGUUUUCAUUUAGCAUUGGCUUUCCAAUCCAUAAAACCAUAUAAAAAACACCUAAACAAAAUGAAAAAUAAAAGUAGUAGAAAAUAAGAUACAAUAGUAUUCCUUGAAUAACAUUGUUCACACAUGUAAUUUUUGCAAAAAAAACCGCUUGUAACAAUUUGUGCAAUUGGUAGGAGAUUUGAAGUAAAGAAUGGGUCAACUUCUAGGAGUCAGUACAUAGCAAGGUUUCUCAAGUGGAUGGAAAGCACAAUAAAGUUAUCCGCUGUCUUUUUAAUCUCUGAAAAUAUUUGAGAAAGUUUAAAAUCGCAGGCAGCGGAUCCACCUCUUGGGUUGUAGGUCUGAUUCCAUGUGGGUGAAUCUUUUGUGUGGGGUUUGCAUGUUCUCCUUGUAGCUGUGUGGGCUUUGUGUUCCAGCUUUCACAGUCAAAAUACAUGCAGUCUAGGUUAAUUGGCAUCUCUAAAUUGUCCCCCAUUGAAUAUCUAUAGAAUGAAUUUGUUAAAGCACUGUAGAAGACUUUUUUUUCAGGAAAGUUUAAUAAUUUAAUGUCAACAGCAAAAAAUGAUGGCUAACUACACAGUUUCAUUAUUUUCAGUAUUUAAUAUUUAAUGAUGAUAAUUUCUAAAAUUAAGUCUUACAAAUAUUUAUGCCAGUAAGUUUACCUUAAAAUAAAACAGUUCGGAAAUAAUUUUGGAGGAGCUGUGGAAAGUUCUGUCUUGGUACACAUUUCUACAUCAAAAUCAUUACCUCAUGUUCCUAAGUUAUCAGUGUUUACUGUAAGUAUUGAACUUCAGGUAGGGCUGACUAGGUUAUUUACAGUUUUUGGUCAAAAAAGUAUUAACAUCUCCCCUAGUUGAAAAAGUUUGAAUAUGAACGCUAAUGGCUCUUGAAAUGUCAAAGAUUCUUCAUCUUUAAGGAGCAGUUACUGACAUCUUGCUUUCUGCUUUGCUCUAACACAACAUAACACUUGCACAAUACCAUUUCGUUUGCUCUUAACUGAUGUCAACACUACGUUGUCUGAACUGUAGUGUUUGGGAAAACUCAACUUUUUUAGUGGACUGAAUUUAGGAAGGCCUUUUCUAAUACUUGACAGUUUUUCAAACCAAUAGCCGUAGUUUCUAUAAUAUCAAUUGCAAACUUGAAAGUGUGUUUCCAUCAUUUGCAGGGUAUGUAUCCACCCAAGUCUCUGGGAUUCCCAAAUAAACUGCUGGGGAGUUAGUAAAGGGGGAUCUGUGUAGGGGUGAAGAGAAGAGAUUUCUUUGUCAAGGGGUCACUCAAGUGCUGUUUCUAUACCAGGAUAUGUGAAAUGUAAAUGUUGUAGGUUAUAUUUCACUAUUGUAGCUAAAAAUGUAGAUCAGAAAUGGCUUGUACUACUGAUUUUAACAAUUAUACUAAAAAGUAUCCUGUAAAAGACAACAAAUGUAUACAGAGAAUUAAACUUGUUGCUGUAUCCCCUUUUUUGGAUGGAAGUAUGUUAAGUUUUAUAUAUAUAUAUGAAAUGCCCUGGAAAAAAACAUCAGUUGUAUCGCCGUAAUGAAAUGAGGACUUUUUUGAACGAUCAUUGUAACAUAGUUCAUUAAUUUGCAGUGGAUUAUUGUUCAUUUUUACUGUGGUAAUUUUAGAACUGAGUAUCAGGAGUUUGACUUAGAUUUGCCUAGUUUUGGGGUGUUGUUGUUUCAGCUCUCGACACUGGGUGCCAGAAUAAACCAGUAUGAAUGUAGUAUUUGCCCUGUGUGAAGCAACUACACCCCAACAUGUAGAGAAAAAAUACUAGAAAGGAUUAUUUCAAGUUUAUCUUUUUGUAUAUGAAAAUAAAAUACUGAUAAACCAUU